AUGAUCUCCAGUCUCAGUUCUGAAGAAGUCACGUUCGAAGAUUACUUACAGCAAGAACUUUGCGACCUCAACACCCAGGCAAGUAACGAUUUCCCCCAUGAUUUCGCACGGGUUUCCGAACAGGAUCUGGUUCCGCCGGCGAGCUUCCAGCCUGACUCAGAGGAUGGCAACGUGCUCUGCGUAGAGACCGUUCUAUCCUCACUGGCAUCUGAUACUAUACUAUCUGGGAACUCAAGGUGCACUACUACCCAAGAAGCUUCAGGCUGUCCGAGUCCACCGCUUUACAUUGAUCCACGUGCCAUCUUCAAUGACUGCCAGUGUGAAGGAUCCGACUUUGUUCCACCCCGGGAAACUUCUGGGGCUGAAUAUUUGAAGGAAUAUUCUGUGCCCGACGUUCAAGUCGCUACUCAGGCUGUUGCUAGCAGCUCUCCAACUACGCCGGCCCAGCCUUCUCAACCACAGGCAGACCUCGCUGAUGGCGAGUUCCUUCAAGCGCUACUAGUAGUAGGCACAUUUCCAGAUGCUUCGCCCCAUCUCCGCCGCCGUCUUGCUCUUCCCGAAGGAAUUUUCCCAGAUCUCAGCAUCGUUCCCGAUACUGGCGAGCGUCCGGGGAUGGCUACCUGGAUCCUGGUGGCCUUGGCCAUCAAUUCAAGUCCAUUCCGCAUGCUAUCACUCCAAGGCAUCAUCAAGGCUCUUACGGAGCACUUCGUUUUUUAUCGACGGUCUGAACCUGAACGAUGGCAGGUUGGUAUAUAA